AUGGACUCUGGGAAAUUGAUCGGAUUCGUUGGUUUGGAUGAAAUCGGAUUGCAGAUCGCGGCGUCGCUUUUUCGCCAUGGCUACUCUAUUCAAGCUUUCGAGAUAAGUGAUCCCAUCAUGAUAGAACUUGUCAAGAUUGGAGGAAUUAGAUGUGCAAGUCCUUCGGAAGCAGGGAAAGGGGUAGCAGCUUUAGUUGUUCUUAUAUCUCACCCAGAUCAGAUUCAUGAUCUGAUUUUCGGGGAUGAGGGUGUUUUAAAAGGUCUAAAACAAGAUACAGUUCUUAUUCUUUGUUCAACCAUACUACCAUCAGCUCUCCAUAAACUGGAGAAAGAUUUGGAAGAAUUUCAGAAGAUAGCUUAUGUUGUUGAUGCAUAUGCCUCUUAUGGGAGGUCUGAUGCGUUGAAUGGAAAAGUCACCAUUGUAUCAUCUGGAAGAUCAGAUGCCAUUGCAAGAGUACGGCCUCUUCUUUCAGCAAUGUGUGAAAAGCUGUUCACUUUUGAGGGUGAAAUGGGUGGUGGCAGUAAGGCUAAAAUGGUUUCUGUAAUGCUGGAAGGAAUUCAUUUCAUUGCUUCUGUGGAGGCUCUUUCUCUUGGUGUAAAAGCUGGAAUUCAUCCAUGGAUAAUCUCUGAUAUAAUUUCUAAUGCCGCUGGAAACUCAUGGGUAUUCAAGAAUAACGUUCCACUUUUGUUAAAGGGAGAGGUUAAGCAUCAAAUUCUUAACACUUUGAUUAAGGAAUUGGAAGCAAUUUUGGAUAUGGCCAAGUCACUUACUUUUCCACUUCCACUUUUGGCGACAACUCACCAACAACUUAUUCACGGGGUUUCACAUGCUUGUUUCGAAGGCGAUGGUGACACAACAUUAAUUAAGAUUUGGGACAAUAUUUAUGGAGUGAAAGUUUCAGAUGCAGCAAACGGAGAAGCAUAUAACCCUGAGCAAGUUGCAUCUGAAAUCAUUGCAUCUUCCAAGAGUGCGAAGCGGGUUGGUUUUAUUGGUCUUGGAGCUAUGGGAUUUGGCAUGGCAACUCAUUUGGUCAAAUCAAACUUCUCCGUUUUCGGUUAUGAUGUGUAUGAACCAACUCGAAUCCGAUUUUCAGAUGCUGGUGGCUUUAUUGGAAAUUCUCCAGCGGAAGUCAGUAAAGAUGUUGAUGUUCUCAUAAUCAUGGUCGCGAAUGAACUUCAAGCAGAGAAUGUUUUAUAUGGAGAAUAUGGUGCUGUUUCAGUUCUUCCUCCGGGUGCAUCUAUCAUUCUCUCUUCAACAGUUUCUCCGGCAUAUGUGAGUCAGCUAGAGCGUAGAUUGCAAAAUGGAGGAAAAAGUUUAAAGUUGGUGGAUGCCCCUGUUUCUGGUGGUGUUCAGAGGGCAUCAUUGGGAACACUUACGAUAAUGGCUUCAGGGACUAAUGAUGCUCUCACGAGUGUCGGUAAUGUCUUAGCAGCCAUGAGCGAAAAGCUUUAUAUUAUCAAAGGUGGUUGUGGUUCUGGAAGUGGUAUAAAGAUGGUUAACCAAUUGCUAGCUGGAGUUCAUAUUGCAUCAGCUGCCGAGGCAAUGGCAUUUGGAGCAAGAUUGGGUUUGAAUACCAGAUUAUUGUUUGAUUUUAUUACAACUAGCGGGGGAACAUCCUGGAUGUUUGAAAAUCGCGUUCCACACAUGCUAAACAAUGAUUACACACCUUAUUCAGCACUUGAUAUCUUCGUGAAGGAUAUGGGAAUCGUUACUCGUGAAUCUGCUUCCUUAAGAGUUCCACUUCAACUAUCAACUAUAGUCCACCAACUGUAUCUGUCAGGUUCUGCUGCUGGCUGGGGAAGAAAAGAUGAUGCUGGUGUGGUCAAGGUUUAUGAGACACUUACUGGUGUUAGAGUUGAAGGAAAACUCGUGUCUCUCAGGAAAGAUGCCGUGUUGCAUUCUCUUCCACCAGAGUGGCCUCAAGAUCAUGUUCUUGACAUUCAAAAAUUAAAAGAAAGCAAUUCAAAGAUUUUGGUCGUUCUGGAUGAUGAUCCAACAGGAACACAAACUGUUCAUGAUAUUGAGGUAUUAACAGAAUGGACUGUUGAUUCACUGACUGAGCAGUUUAGAAGAUGUCCAAAAUGUUUCUUCAUUUUGACAAAUUCCAGGGCGCUGAGUUCUGACAAGGCCACUACAUUGAUAAAGGAGAUUUGCAAAAAUCUAGACACUGCAGCAAAAUCAGUUGACAAAAUUGAUUAUACGGUGGUUUUGAGGGGAGAUUCAACUCUGCGCGGUCAUUUUCCUGAGGAACCGGAUGCUGUUACUUCAGUCUUGGGUGAAAUGGACGCAUGGAUUAUUUGUCCAUUUUUCCUUCAGGGAGGCCGUUACACCAUUAAUGAUACACAUUUUGUUGCUGAUUCCGAACUGCUUAUUCCUGCAGGGGAAACAGAGUUUGCCAAAGAUGCUUCCUUUGGCUACAAAUCUUCAAACCUACGUGAUUGGGUAGAGGAGAAAACAAAUGGCCGCAUACUUGCAAGUAGCGUUGUAUCUAUUCCUAUCCACCUUUUGAGGAAUGGGGGGCCAGAUGCAGUUUGUCAGCAUCUAUCCAGUUUGCAGAAGGGGUCAGUAUGCAUAGUUAAUGCAGCCAGUGAAAGAGACAUGACUGUAUUUGCCCUUGGAAUGAUCAAGGCAGAGUUGUCAGGGAAACGUUUCUUGUGUCGCACUGCUGCUAGCUUUGUAUCUGCCUGUAUCGGAAUCAUCUCUAAGCCUCCGGUGUUGCCAAAGGAUCUAGGAAUAGCUGAAGCAAGGAAUGGAGGUUUGAUAAUUGUGGGAUCUUAUGUUCCAAAAACGACAAAGCAGGUUGAACAGCUUAAAUUACAGUGUGGUCAGUUCUUAAGAAAUAUCGAGGUUUCUGUUGAAAAACUUGCAAUGGGGUCUAUUGAGGAGAGGGAGGAUGAAAUCAGUAGAGCAGCUGAAUUAGCGGACGUAUAUCUUAAAUCUCAUAAAGACACACUUAUAAUGACCAGCCGAAAUCUCAUAACUGGGAAAUCUGCCUCUGAGAGUUUGGACAUUAAUUAUAAAGUGAGUUCUGCUCUGGUGGAAAUAUUGAAGAGAAUAACGAUAAAACCUCGUUACAUAAUUGCAAAGGGUGGUAUUACCUCUUCAGACCUUGCUACAAAAGCCCUUGGUGCAAAAUGUGCCAAGGUUGUUGGACAAGCACUCGCCGGUAUUCCCUUGUGGCAACUAGGCCCUGAAAGUAGACAUCCUGGAGUUCCUUAUAUUGUCUUCCCAGGUAAUGUUGGUGACAGCGGGGCAUUGGCAGAAGUUGUGAAGUCCUGGACUUGUCCAACGAGUCUUUCAUCAACAAAAGAGAUUCUUAAAAAUGCAGAUAAUGGUGGAUAUGCUGUUGGAGCAUUUAAUGUCUAUAAUUUGGAAGGAGUUGACGCUGUUGUUUCUGCUGCAGAGGAAGAGAAAAGUCCUGCAAUAUUACAGAUUCAUCCCGGUUCUUGGAAGCAAGGAGGAAUUCCCUUGGUUGCUUGUUGCAUUUCUGCUGCAGAGCGUGCUAGAGUGCCCAUCGCCGUUCACUUUGAUCAUGGAACUUCAAAGCAAGAUCUUAUGGAAGCUCUUGAACUGGGAUUCAGUUCUAUGAUGGUGGAUGGGUCACAUCUUUCGUUUGAUGAAAAUGUUGCAUACACAAAAUUCAUAUCAUUGUUGGCUCACUCAAAAGAUAUGUUGGUUGAAGCUGAGUUGGGAAGAUUGUCAGGGACAGAGGACGACUUGACUGUCGAAGAGUAUGAAGCCAAGCUAACAGAUGUUAAUAUGGCUGAAAAAUUCAUUGAUGAGACUGGCAUAGAUGCUUUGGCAGUGUGUAUUGGUAAUGUGCAUGGAAAAUACCCGGCAAGUGGACCAAAUCUCAGACUAGAUUUGCUUAAGGAGCUGCAUUCUUUGAGCCAGAAGAAAGGAGUUUUUAUAGUGCUUCACGGUGCAUCGGGUCUGGGCGAAAAACUUGUUAAGGAAUGCAUAAAUCUAGGAGUUAGAAAGUUCAAUGUCAACACUGAAGUAAGAAAAGCAUACAUGGACUCUCUCGGUACUCCUCAAAAAGAUCUUGUUAAUGUUAUGGCUUCUGCAAAGGAAGCUAUGAAAGCUGUGGUUGCCGAAAAGAUGCGUCUGUUUGGUUCAGCAGGAAAAGCAUGA